AUGUCCACCAAACCUACUACCCAGACCCUCUGUAUCCUGGGCUGUGGAAAUCUCGGCACCGCCAUCCUCAAAUCCGUCCUGGCCACCCCAGAGCCGGACCGGCUCUUCACCCACUAUAUUGCCUGUAUAGGUAGCCCCUCAUCUAAAGAGCGUCUCGAAUUUCAGUUUAAAGAUCAAGCAAACCUCACAAUUGCACUCGAUGACAACAUUGCCGCCAUCAGAGCUGCAGACGUGGUUAUUCUCGCUCUUGAUCCUGCUCUCAUUCCAGCCGGAUUGGCCCAGCCGGGCUUCCGCGACGCUCUAGGACAGAAAUUGUUGAUUAGCGUCGCAGCGGGGUGGACCGUGAAGAAGCUUACAGAGACGAUCUACGGCGAUGGGCUAGCUGAAGAGGGGAAGGCCAGAGCAACGAUUAUCCGCACCCUCCCCAACAUCUGCGCCCUUGUGGGACAGUCCCUCACAGCCAUCGAAGUCGAUCCUGCGGCCAAAACAGCCGAAGAAGCGCUCUCCCUGACGACCUCCAUCUUCUCCAGAGUCGGCAAAACGCUCAUCAUUCCACCGAGUCUCAUCGACGCCACGACUGCCGUCGCGGGAUCGACUCCUGCAAUGUUCGCUGUCAUUGUCGACUCCAUGAUUGAUGCGUCUGUCGCCGUCGGUGUACCGAGAUCCAUGGCGCAGGCGAUGAUCUAUCAGUCCAUGCGGGGGUCUGCGGAGAUGCUGCAGAGCGGGCUGCAGCCUGGGGACUUGAGGGACCAGGGGACCAGUCCCGAAGGAUGUACGAUCGGGGGGCUGAUGGUGAUGGAGGAGAGAGGUGUGAGGGGGGGCGUGGGCAGGGCAGUUCGCGAGGCGGUUAGUGUUGCCAGGAGGAUGGAUGGAAGGUUGCAUCUUAAUGAUACUAGGUAG